GCCCCGCGGUGGGGACUCCCCUGAGUGUACCCUCGGCCGGGCCUCGCGGGCCGUGAGGGGCUCAGAAGGUCGUCUGAAGGGCCAGCAGUGCCGGCAGCGCUCAGCUCGGGAAGCGCUCCUGGUGCACUGCUUCAUCUGGAAGGUGCCUGUGUGCAUACCGUAGCGGCAGCAUUGUGUCUGCACUGAGAUGGCAGUAUGGGUUCAGUACUUUCUUGCAUAAGCAUUAAUAAAAUUUUACAUGAUUGUGUUGUUUUGUCAGCACUCCCAUUCACCACAUAGAAUCCAUAUAUUUCUCUUCUGUUUUGUGGAUGUGCGCAUGUGUGCCCAUAUGUCUUACAGACCAUACAGUGUUCUAUUUGAGCUUCCAGGACUAUCUGCUGACCCUUGAACUCACUGUUCACUCACCCCUUUGCUCACACAUGAGCACAUACCUACACACCCUGCCUUGCAAUAUAAAACAAACCACUGCAAAUACCCAAAUUUGUUCUGUGGAGUAUUUUCCAUAAAAAUACUGAACGAUCUCUGAGUAGCUCGGGCUGUGCAGCAGCAUUUCAGUGAGCGCAGCACGGUGAGCAGUCGUGGCUCUGUAUUUCUGCUCAUAACAGCAUUGGUACUGAGUGCACACGGUGAAGGAAAGGAAAGCAGUCCCCGUGGCUUACUCUGAUAAUCCUCUGAAAGUAAAUUGGCCCUACUCUAAUCAACAGAGUGGUGGAAGAAAAAGUGAAAUCAUUUUGCUUCCAGGAUAAUAGAUGCCAAAUGCCAGCAGCUUUCCUCCCGUGUUUCAGCGUACCGCUGGUUUCUGAUCGAUGCGUGGUUCUUACGCUGCACCUUCAGUCUUGUUUUGGUCAGCAAAACAAAAAAAUCCAAGCCUGCUUUAAUUAAUGAAGUCUAGUUUUACCUGGCUUGCCCUGUUGUGAUAGUCCAGUUCAAGAUGUCACCCCCUCUGCCCUGCACAGAAAAACAAUGCGGUAACGUUCCUUCUCUGUGUUGGUGUGCAUGACUUACGCUGCUCCUUAUAGGGGUGGAUGGUCAGACCCCAAACUGGGAAGAGCAGGGAAUGCACUCUGAGCAUGUCACUUUGUUUUGAAGCAGUCUUGUUUUAGAAAUACUACUGCAUUCCGUUCUAAUUUUCCAGAGCCCCCUAAUCUUCUUGCAGGCUCUUAAUGAUGUAGUCGAUAAUAGGAUUGUCGGUAUUAAUUUGGAACAAUAAUGCCAGCUGCUUGCUUGGUGGCGAUUGGCAGAGGAGUGACCUUGCAGGUCAGCUAAGCAGAACUGAAGUGCUUUGAUCUGAUCUAUACAGAGCGAGGUCUGUUCCUCUCCAACAAGAGGAGUGAGUGGAUUCUCUCUCCAUGGGAUGCUGAUUCCUCUCCAAGGAGCACGGAGGACACCAUGGCGGUGGCUCUGGAUGCGAUCCUCGCUCGGAUCAAGGAUGUUUGUAAAAGGAAUGGUUUGCUCAUCCUCUCGGUGUUGUCGGUCACCAUUGGCUGUCUCCUCGGGUUCUUCCUCAGGACAAGGCGGCUCUCCCAGCAGGAAAUUAGUUAUUUCCAGUUUCCCGGUGAGUUACUGAUGAGGAUGCUGAAAAUGUUGAUUCUCCCCCUGGUUGUCUCAAGCUUAAUGUCUGGGCUAGCAGCACUGGAUGCCAAGACUUCUAGUCGAUUGGGUAUCAUAACUGUCACUUAUUACCUGUGGACAACAUUUGUGGCUGUGAUUGUGGGAAUAAUUAUGGUCUCCAUCAUCCAUCCUGGUGGAGCAGCACAGAAGGAGAGCACUGAGGAGGGUGGAAAGCCCAUCAUGAGCUCUGCAGAUGCACUGCUGGACUUAAUCCGGAACAUGUUUCCAGCCAACCUUGUUGAAGCCACAUUCAAGCAGUAUCGCACCAAGAGUAUUCCCAUCAUUAAAGCUAACAAAGCGUCAUCUGAAAGCACAACUCAUCGCAUUAUAAUAUAUGGAGUCCAAGAUGAGAAUGGAUCCAAUGUCCAGAAUUUUGCCUUGGACAUCACUCCUCCACCUGAAGUGAUUUACAAAUCAGAGCCAGGCACUAGUGAUGGCAUGAAUGUGCUAGGGAUUGUGAUAUUCUCUGCCACAAUGGGUAUAAUGUUGGGAAGAAUGGGAAACAGUGGUGUUCCUUUGGUCAGCUUUUGUCAGUGCUUAAAUGAAUCUGUCAUGAAGAUAGUGGCAGUUGCUGUUUGGUACUUUCCAUUUGGAAUCGUGUUCCUAAUUGCUGGUAAAAUCUUAGAAAUGGACGACCCUUCAGCCAUUGGGAAGAAACUGGGGUUUUACGCCAUUACUGUAGUGUGUGGUCUGGUUGUGCACGGGCUGUUCAUUCUGCCAAUGAUGUACUUCUUUAUCACCAAGAAGAAUCCUAUUGUCUUUAUCAGAGGGAUUCUUCAAGCCUUGCUGAUUGCUCUGGCCACCUCCUCCAGUUCAGCCACGCUGCCUAUCACAUUCAAGUGCUUGCUGGAGAACAACCACGUGGACAGGAGGAUUGCAAGGUUCGUGCUGCCUGUGGGAGCCACCAUCAACAUGGAUGGGACCGCACUCUACGAAGCAGUGGCUGCCAUCUUCAUUGCACAAGUAAACAACUAUGAGCUGGAUUUUGGGCAGAUUAUUACUAUAAGCAUCACAGCAACGGCUGCCAGCAUAGGAGCUGCUGGUAUCCCCCAGGCUGGCCUGGUGACAAUGGUCAUUGUCCUGACCUCAGUCGGACUCCCAACGGAUGACAUCACACUGAUCAUUGCUGUUGACUGGGCACUAGACAGGUUUAGAACAAUGAUCAACGUCCUGGGAGAUGCCCUGGCUGCAGGGAUUAUGGCCCACAUCUGCCGGAAGGAGUUCAUCAAGGAUGGCGAUGAGGUGCCAUUGAUCUGUGAGACUAAACCUCUUAACAUCCACCCGAUUGUGGCUUACCAGAGAAACGGCUGUGUGAAGACCAUGAAUGAACCUCGUGGACCAGAAACAGUGAAAGAGUUAGAGCAGCACAUACCUGUACAAGUGGAGCAAGAAGAAAGCCCAGUGGAGAACCACACUAAGAAAUCCAACAGUAAAGACCACUGCACUAUUGAAAUAAAUGAACUAGAAACGAACGUGUAACCGCUACACUCAGUGGUGGCUCAUAUCCCAGUGACCUGAUACCCAAUCUCUACCUCACAGCUGGAAGAGGGACUCUUUGCCUUGAACAGAAACGUGGAAUUCUCGCCACUCUGCUUGUACCGGAGCGAGGGGACCAGCUGUGAACGUCAGGAAAGGCACACAGCUUGCAAGAGACACGGGCUUCUUUAGGUGGAAGAUUUCAAUACUGAAACUAACUAAUGGAUGGCUGCUGUUUUAUUCUGCACUCAUUUGACUCCAAUCUGGUAUUUGACACUCCUUCGGCUUCGUUUUUUCUAUUUUUUUUUUAUUUGUCCCUUUCUGAUUUUCUAACCAAAGCCUUUUUUGUGAACCUGAGUAAUUGCAAACGCUGUAUUUAUAUCUCUUUUUUGCUCUGUAAAAGCGUAUCACCAAAACUGCUAAAGACACUAAUUUUGUGUACGAUCCUUUAACUACAGACUUUGUGUUUAGUUUUAGCAGUAAGAAAACCACACUGAUUUCUUGAUCUGAAAAUGUACAUAUCACCAAACACCUCAAGCCAAGGUGAAGCAAAGUGUGCAUUUUUGCAAGCAAGCGCAGCAAGGUAAUUCUGAGUGGCAGCUUUCAGAGACAGGCAUUCAAGUGUGAUACGUAACACCACGAUCCUAAGUCACUGAAGAGCACAGUUUGCCUUCCAAGUGCCAGAUUUAUUAACCUUUUUUUAACCUAACUCUUCAGUAGAGUCAGUACCAUGCACACGCAGUGGCAGAGGCAGCAUGAGCCCAAAUCCAUAAGCACUGGUGCUAAUGUGUCCUCCCCUGUAGCCCGUAGGCCCUUCUGUGUAAAUAUGUACCAAUUUGAAGCUUGAGCUCUUGAACCGUACACUUCAUCCUAAGGGCAGACUGAACUCAAACUAGAACACGAUGCUGACUAAUAUUGGGGUUUUGUGGGGAGUCUGCUGGGGAAACUGGACUAUUUUUCAUGAUUCAGUGUUCAAACUACGUUGAAAGUGAUACCCUUGGCAUAAUCUAUUGAAUCAGUUACAAUAAAAUCUGCUGAGUAUGUUUCCAACAUUUGUGAUAGAGAACAUUUUUAAUAAACUUGCCGUUUCAAAACCA